AUGACUGGUCAGAGUGGCCAGCAAGCCUUAGAACUCUCCAGAAAAGAGGAAAAGGGAGCAGCAGCAAACCGCACUGGUAACAACAGCCACCUCAAUGCAACUUCAGCCCUGCAGAUGGUCAUGCCUGUUGCAAAGGACAGCCAGCAGCUGAAGCUGGUGUCAGUCUCCCCCCGCACCCCAUAUACAACAUGCUAUUUUUCUGUCACCUCAGUGAACACCUUGGUCUACAAGGAUCACUUUACGAAUUCAGUGGAAGAAAUGGAAACCAAGCUCUGCAGCAGCGACAAAGAGGAAAUUUUCAAAAGAGAGCUACCGUACUGCAUAGGAGAAAUAGAUUUCACAGCUUCUGGGAAGAAACGUGGAAAGUUCAUUAAGGUCCCGAGUACCAUUCAUCCUGAAAUUAUAUUCGAAGUUAUGCUCAACAAAUGGAAGCUACCUGCUCCCAAUUUGGUUGUGUCUUUAGUAGGGGAAGAAGAAAAUUUCCAGAUGAAGCCUUGGCUACGGGACACCUUAAAAAAAGGACUUACAAAGGCAGCUCAAAGCACAGGUGCCUGGAUUUUUACCAGUGCUUUACGUAUAGGAAUAACAAGACACUUAGUGCAAGCAGUCCGAGAUCAUGCACUGGCUAGCACUUCAUCCAAAGUAAAAGUGAUUGCCAUAGGAAUAACUUCACUCGGAAAAAUUCAGCACAGAGAAAUUCUGGACAACACAAAGAAUGAAAGUCUUGUACACUACCAAUCAGAUGAUAAUAUCCAAGGCCCACCGUAUUCCCUGGACCACAACCAUUCCCAUUUUAUUUUGGUGGAUCACAUAACACCAAGUGAGCCCGAUGGAACCACUAAGCUACGUCUCACCUUGGAAAAGCAUAUUUCAGAACAACGUACUGGGUAUGGUGGAACAGGUAGCAUUGAGAUCCCUGUGCUUUGCUUACUGGUAAAUGGCAGACCAGACACACUGGAGAGAAUUUGCAGCGGCUUGGAAAAUUCUGCUCCCUGGCUUAUCUUAGCAGGGUCUGGAGGUACAGCUGACAUCUUAGCUGCGUUCAUGAAUGACCCACAGCUUAUCACGCCAGAAGCUGUUGAAAAGCAAUUUAAGGAGAAAUUUCCUGCAGAAAGCUUCUUGUGGAAGGAUGUUCUCCAAUGGACGGCAACAAUUCACAACAUUGUUUCACACCAACAUCUUCUAACUCUGCACAACUUUGAGCAAGAUGGCCCAGAAGAACUAGACACAGUCAUUUUAAAAGCUUUAGUAAAAGCCUGUAAAAGUCACAGUCAGGACGCUCAGGAAUAUCUGGAUGAACUGAAGCUGGCAGUGGCCUGGAAUAGAGUGGACAUAGCUAAAAGUGAAAUAUUCAAUGGUGACGUGGAGUGGAAGUCCUGUGACCUGGAGGAAGUGAUGAUGGAUGCUCUGGUCAAUGACAAACCAGAAUUCGUAAAAUUAUUUAUUGACAAUGGGGCUAACAUAUCCGAAUUCCUGACAUACAGUCGUCUGCAGAGACUCUACUGUUCCAUUUCUCAGAAAUGUCUUCUCUAUGAACUUCUACUGAAGAAACAUGAAGAAAACAAGCUAACCUUGGCAGGGCCCACUGAUCAACAGCAUCAGGAACAGAAGGAGAUCUGCCCACUCUUCACUCUCAGUGAGGUCUCUAGAGUUCUCAAGGAUUUUCUCCAUGAUGCAUGCAAAGGCUUCUAUCAAGACCUCAGACAUGGAGGCAAGAAGAAAUCUGAUGAAGUGAAUACAAAGCGAAUACCUGGGCCCUUGGAUAUGAACCAGAAAAGCAAAAAUCCUUGGAGGGAUUUGUUUGUAUGGGCAGUACUUCAAAACCGGCACAAGAUGGCAAACUAUUUCUGGGCUAUGGGUCAGGAGGGUGUAGCUUCAGCUCUGGCAGCCUGCAAGAUCCUUAAAGAGAUGUCACGCCUGGAGACAGAGACUGAAGUAGCUCGUAUAAUGAAAGAGGCCAAGUAUGAGCAGCUUGCUGUUGAACUGUUUAGUGAAUGCUACCACAACAGCGAGGAGAGAGCAUUUGCUCUGUUGGUGAGGAAAAAUCAGUACUGGAGCAAAACCACCUGCCUUCAGUUGGCUACAGAAGCAGAUGCAAAGUCCUUCUUUGCACAUGAUGGCGUCCAGGCCUUCCUGACAAAAAUAUGGUGGGGAGACAUGUCUACAAGCACACAGAUCCUGAAGUUAAUCUGUGGAUUCUGGUGUCCUUUCCUAAUUUACACAAAUUUAAUAGCAUUCAGUGAGGAAAAACAAUCAACGAAUGAGUCAGAGCCAUUUAGAGAGCUGGACAGUUUAGAUACAGAGAGGACUCUGUUUUUUUCCAAGGAAGAAGACAGAGGAAAUGGUAAAUUGGAAAAGCAAAACCCUUCUGAAAACACAGCGUGGGCAACAUUCAUGUUUACUCGGUGGAGAAAGUUCUGGAGUGCCCCUGUAACUGUAUUUAUGGGGAAUGUCAUAAUGUACUUUGCUUUUCUGUUUCUAUUUACUUACGUCCUUUUACUGGACUUUAAGCCACCUCCACCUGAGGGUCCAUCUGCUAAAGAAAUUAUACUUUACUUCUGGGUUUUUACCCUGGUCUUGGAAGAAAUCCGACAGAGUUUCUAUACAGAUGAAGACACAAAUUUAAUGAAAAAAAUUAAACUGUAUGUUGAGGAUAACUGGAAUAAAUGUGACAUGGUGACCAUCUUCCUCUUCAUAAUUGGGGUAACCUGCAGGAUGCUGAACUCGACUUUUCAAGCUGGCCGUACAAUACUUGCCAUUGAUUUUAUGGUGUUUACACUUAGACUUAUACAUAUUUUUGCAAUUCACAAACAACUUGGACCAAAGAUCAUAAUUGUGGAAAGGAUGAUGAAGGAUGUUUUCUUCUUUCUGUUUUUCUUGAGUGUGUGGCUCAUUGCCUAUGGUGUGACAACUCAAGCUCUACUUCAUCCCAAUGACAGCCGAGUGGAAUGGAUAUUCAGAAGGGUGCUUUAUCGUCCCUACCUUCAGAUAUUUGGCCAGAUUCCACUGGAUGAAAUAGACACAUCACAAAUGCAUCCCAGGAACUGUACAUUUAAUCCACUGCAGAUUCUGCAGGAGAACUUGCCAUCGUGUCCUAAUAGCUAUGCCAACUGGCUCGUCAUCCUUCUGCUGGUCAUCUUCCUACUAGUCACAAAUGUUCUCCUUAUGAAUCUCCUGAUUGCUAUGUUCAGUUACACGUUUCAAGUUGUUCAGGGCAAUGCAGACAUCUUCUGGAAAAUUCAGCGCUACAACCUGAUUGUUGAAUAUCAUGGCCGACCUGCCUUAGCACCACCAUUUAUCAUUAUUAACCACAUAACUCUGGUUCUCAGAAGAAUCUUCAACAAAAUGGAACAUAAAAAGGAACGUCUGGAGAGAGAUCUUCCAGUUGGCCUAGAUCAAAAAAUCGUGACAUGGGAGUUGGUGCAAAAAGAAAAUUAUCUUGGAAGCCUUGAACAAGAAAGGAAAGAAAGCAAUGAAGAAAGACUGAAGGCCACAUCUAAUAAGGUGGAUAACUUGUCUAAGUAUUUUAGUGGACUGAAAGAACAAGAAAAGCGGUUUAAAGUUAUGGAAGCCCAGAUCUGCUACUGUACAGCUGUUAUCUCCUCAGUGGCAGAGGUUUUAACCAAAAGCAACCUCUUGUGCAACCCACCAGCUCCCAACUAUACAUGUGUGAUGAAUGCUAACACAGAAGUGGCUCUGCCAGGAAGAAGUGAAAGAGAAGAGCGUGCAGAUCAGUCCGACACUGACAUCACAUACAUCGAUAAUUAAAUUUUGUUCUCAUUUCUUCAGAUUAAACCUUUUGUCCCGCUGAACUACUGUAGAAGUAAAAUCUGAUCUCAUGAAGACCCAAGGCCCAGCUCUCAAAGCCUUUAUGCCAAGCACUGUCAACAUUUGACACUACUGAGGAUUUCCUGGUCAUCCUCCUUCCUUGGGCUUUCUCCCCUCCUGCUCCUGUAUCACUUGGUCCUUUCUCCAAAACUCCAUUCUGUGAAUCUCACUAAAAACUUUCUCCUCCAGGAUGACUCUACCACCUCAUUUUCUAAAUGCGAUCUGCCUUCUGACCUCCAAAUACCACACCCUCAAUCUGUCAUCAUCGUUGCGAAUUUCCACAUUCCUCUUUUGAAACGCGAUCAUUUACACACUAAAACCCAUUCCACUUCCUCGGCCAAGAAACCAAGCUCAUAUUUCUGAGUUGCUUAGAAAGGAAAUUAAGAAAUACUUUCCACAGGAAAGGGCCUGGGAUACUGAACUUACAGUCCAUGUAGUUCCUGGAGUUCUUACAACCCUCACAGGACCGCACUCACCCUCCUCUCUUCCCGCGAGGCGUUCCUUAGCGAAGGCUCCUCACCCAUCCCGAGACCGGAACCUCGGCGCACCGCCGAGUGCACGGUGGCCUCAGCCACUUCCCACACACAAGGCCGGUGACCCGCCGCCACUGCCGCUUGCUUGCUUUUUUGCUUCUACCCCAGAUCCCAGCUGCUCUCCGCUCGCUGAUGUGAGACUUUGCCUUUAUGUAUCGCACCACACGGAACACCGUGUUACACCUAAGUGCUUUUCUCAUUUCAUUUUAGCUUUCUCUUUCAAAGGUCAGGGAAAAAAUAUCACUUAGAGACUUUAAAGCAAGAAUGUGUUGCAAGAACUCUCCUACAAACUAGGAAUUUGGACUGCGUGUCAUUUUUUUUCAUUAAACUGGCAUGCACAUUUUUAGCACACAAAAGCUAGCUGGCUUUGUUAGAAUUCUGUGAAAAGAUACACCAAUAAAAUGAGUAUCACUAGCAUCCUUUUAAAGGAAAUUUCUUUGGAAUAUAAACAGCAGCAGAAGGGGGAAGUAUUGGGUUGUGGUCUUUGUUACAUUAAUAAGCUUGAACUGAACUUUAUUUCCUCAUACACAUAACACUGCUUCUAUGCAAAAUAAACACAGGUUGCACCAAAGGCUCUGUUACCAGAGACAGAAAAAAAAAAAUUUCAGUUCUGAUAAAAAUACCUUUCCAACAUGAGCCUUUUAUGAAUAGAUAUUAAUCUUCUUACAACGUCUUCAUAAAUAGGCAUUUGUCCAGUUUAUUCAGCCGUGCCCCAGACCUCAGUGACCCCCAUUAACAGUGAGGGAAUUUCGGUACUGUCUUACCUGUUCUUCAGCCUAGGCAAGGCAAAGUUAUAAAACCAGUAAGUUUGUACUGAGCUACAUUUUUUUGUUUGGAAAUAAUAAAUACCUUACAACCAGCAUGCCCUGCCCUUGGCAGCAGCUUCUAUUCUGAAACAGCUACUAUUUUAAUUGUGAUCAGCACAUUAAUUAUCCACUGGAAACCAAAAUUUCCAAAAUUUUUGAGUAGUUAUGUCUCACUCACAUGCACCAGAACAACUGAUGUAUUUAGCAAUGACCCAUGAAUUCAUGUGCAUCAAACUGUAUACUCACAAGAAAAUACAUUCUGCUUUCAAAAUUAAAAGGUGAAUUUCAAAAGAUGGAACACUAUUACUCAUUUUACAUUGUCUUAUGCUUCUGCUGCCAAGUGACGCACCUGUUCAAACCCUCAGACCCAAAUGAUCUGGGCCUACCAGUCCAUUAUUGGUGAGAUGCUAACACCCCCCCGUCGAGGAAGUAACCUCCUCAAAUAUCCUUCAGAGUUUGAGCAAGCACAAUCUAGCAAGAAAGGUCACAAAGUCUAAAGAAGCAAUCUUUCACUACACGGUUAUAAAUACUAACAUUGGCAUUUGUUAAUUUAGAAUACUGGCAAAAAAGUGCCAGUCCAAACUGACCUGAACCAAUUUGAAUUUCAAAUCAUAUAACCUUUCAAAGAAUUUAAUCUUUCAAUCUUAUUUAUAAAAUUUAUUAACAUUCUAUGUAAAAAACUACUAUAUUUGACAUUCAUUACAAUGUGAUUCAUUGCAUGAGGUGUUUCAGCCUAUGAGGUGAUUCUCUUUAUAUAUUGUGAAACCAUUGAAAAUGUUAAAAAUGUGAAUUUAAAAAUCUAAAAUACAAGACUUGAGGGAGAAGUUACAGGACGGUAAGCUCAGAGCAACAUUCUAGAUGAUUUUCAAGACAAUUCUCAAAUCAAAUAAACUGAGCAUUUGUUAAAACUCUUAUAGCUGCAUUAAUUACCAUGGUUCAAAGAGAUGAAAUCAAGCUACAACUAAAAGUUUAUUGAAUGCCAAAGAACAAAAAAGUAUCCAGUUCUGGUAUAAAUACCUCAUUCCCACCAAAUCCACACACAGAAUCAGUGUGGAAGCAGUGCAUACGACGUGCAGGCCAAGAAUCAUCACAUCAUGUCAUACCAGUAAGAGGAAAAGCUGCUGCCCAACUUAACAGCUGAAGCUGUUGUGAAUUCCAACCUACACUCAACGUGGUGAGACUUCGCUGAAGCCUGAGCGCGUCUUCACCAGGAUGUAUCCACAGUUAUAUCUAUCCACAGGAAAGACCGUGGUUUUUUAAGAUCUUUAUGUAACACUAAAGAAGGUAAAUAUUUAAGCCAACCUUAAAAAAAUAUUGGUUUUGCCAGUUUCCACCUGGGCCUUCCAAACUCAUGAUUGGGCACUGUUGUGCUUUUAUUCUCAAUGGCAAUGAGGAAAGGAUGGUUUUUGGAAAA